UUUCUGUCAUUCGUAAAAUUAAUUGUCUCUUAAACAUCUCAAAGAUUCUUCAUUUUCUUGUGUUAUUGUCCUGUUUCCAUAAUUUUCUUAUAACUCUCUAAAAUAUCCGUAAAUCAACCAACUAAAAGAGAUCGUUUUAAAACAUGUUUUUUCGUUAUAUAACAUUUUUCUUAAAUUUUCUUCUGGUGCUUUUCAUUGAAGGAGACCGAGCCCUUACCGCAAUCGAUGAGGACAAUGUGAACCAAGUCAAUAGCGGCGAGUGGCUGUUGGUGCUGUGCUCAAAGCGCGAAUCGGAUUGCUUAAAUCUCAAGGGUGUUCUUCACCGCAUGCCUAUCACGAGCAGUGUAAGCCUGGGUUUUGGGGAUCUCUCCACAGAUACCCCCUUGCGAGUACGGAUGUCUGCCUUUGAGCCAUUAACACUAUACCAUGUGCUAGACGGAGAGUUCCGCAAGUUGGACAGCAAGCAGGAUGUGUUCACCUUGAGCGAGAUAAUGCGUCUGCGCCUUUGGUCAGAGAUUCCACCACUGAAGUUCUGGGCACACCCAACAUCUAAAUUGACAAAUUUUUAUAUGUACUUGUACAAGGCGGAGGAAAAACUGCUAAGGUCUGGACGAGUUGGCUGGGCAUUUACCGGCCUACUGGCCACCGUACUGGUGGUCACCAAACUCUUGUGGCGCCAAGUCCCCAGCAUCUUGAAUUAUUUAAAGAGAGUAGGAAAACCUGGUCCCGGUUCUUCUCUUCCAAUCCAGACCCAGAUGGCUUCGUUGCCUCACAUAAUCGCAGAAUAAGGCUACUGUAUUAGUUGAUACACUUUGUUAAUGUUUAAAUAUAAAUUUAACUUCACAA